CCCAUGCCAGUCAGGUACACCAAUGGCGAUUGGCACGUAGCGCUGGCGCUCAUACCGUGUCAGAAGUUCAGGUGACAACAAUCGUCACGCCCGGACACUGGCUGGACGGACGGCUAAUUUCCCACGGCAGCCCGUGGGCGCAGCGGCAACACCAGGCGGGCCGGCCACAGGCCUUCUCAUCUCCUCCUUUUGGCUCCUCCCUCCCCUUCCUCCUCCCCUUCUGCCUCCUCGAGCCUACUGCCCUCGUUUCUCACCUCCCUUCCCCAGCGGUGUGUCGGUUUCCAACAGAGAGUUUUUGCUCUCUAUCACACUCCUUUGUCCCCGGUCCAUCGCUCCAUCACGCUCAUUUGCCUCAAGGCUACGCAACAUCAUCAACAGCAAUAACAACAACAUCAACAUACCUAUCGUAUCGCAUUGACUUCGGCUCAACAACACGCGGGUACGUUCUCUCCCCGUCCGGCCCGGCUCGACGAUCGAUGCUCGGACCGUGGUUGCGACGAGCCCCCUCCCCAGCGGCUUCAUCCCGGGUUUGCUGGGCAUACCUCGAUCGCCGCUGUUCACGUACUGUCGACUACCGCGACGCGCAAACUCGUUCUGCUCGCCAUAAAGAUCUAAUUGCUCCGACCGGCCCGCUGAUCCUGUCCAUCUAUAUAGCAUAGCAGACACCGAUCGCAAUGAAGAACCUUCUCGGCUAUACCCUCGCGGCCUCGCUGGCCGCGAGCGCCACGGCGAAUUCGCACCACCACCUCCACCGCCACGCCAGGAGGCACGGAAGCAAGGUUGUCGACAAGCGUGCCCCCGACCAGGUGACCGUCGUAGUCGUCGCUGCCACGACCGCCUACGAGAUGGCCGGAAAGCCGUACGAAGCGUCCAAGGCCCAACAGUGCAUCGAUCGCGGAGACUGCGUUGUCGUCGGCGAGACGACGCCGACUUGGACGCCGCCGCCGCCGCCACCGCCGCCCAAGCCCACGACCACGUCCAAGGCACCUGCUCAGUUCAUUGAGAAGCCGAGCACGACGUCUUCGCCGCCGCCACCGCCCCCCAAGACGACGUCCCAGGCCCCGCCUCCCCCCCCUGCGCCCUCGCAGGCUAAGCCAGCCAAGUCGAGCAACUCCAACAGUGGAGGAUUUGGUGUAGACCGAGAAUUUCCAAGCGGCGAGAUCGAGUGCUCCAAGUUCCCCUCGGACUAUGGCGCUGUGCCUAUCGAUUGGCUCAACCAGGGCGGCUGGUCCAGUCUGCAGGGUGUCCCAGACUUCAGCUUUGGAGCGAAGCUCAUCAGCAAGAUCAUUGGCGGUACUAGUGGCUCGACCUGCAUCACAGGUUACUUUUGCUCGUAUGCCUGCCCUCCCGGCUACCAGAAGGCCCACUGGCCUGAAGCCCAGGGUUCCACUGGCCAGUCCGUCGGUGGCCUCUACUGCAACGACAAGGGUUAUCUUGAGCUUACGCGGAAGGGCUAUUCGACUUUGUGCAUGAAGGGCGCUGGAGGUGUGAGUAUUCAGAAUGACCUCGAUGAGGUCGUUGCCACGUGUCGCACCGAUUAUCCCGGAAGCGAGGCAAUGGUCAUCCCCGCCAUUGCUCAACCAGGCGGCACGGUCGAAAUCACGAACCCCAAGCAGGACGAUUACUAUGUCUGGCAAGGCAAGACGACUUCCGCUCAGUACUACAUUAACCCCAAGGGCCUCGGUGAGAAGGAUGCUUGCGUCUGGACUAGCAGUGUGGCGCCUAAGUCGGCUGGUAACUGGGCCUCUCUCAACCUGGGUGUCGGCCAGGCCGCGGAUGGCAACACGUACAUUGGCCUCUUCCGAAACGAACCUACGAGCGAUGCCAAGCUGGACUUUAAUGUUGAGAUCAUUGGCGAUGUCACAACGAAAUGCUCAUACAAGAACGGCCAAUUCUCCAAUGGUGGGAAGGGCUGCACCGCCACUGUAGCGCCUGGCGGCAAGGCCAUUGUUCGAUACUUUUGAGAGUCGGCUGUAAACCUGGACUAGCAUCGCUUUGGAUCUUCAUGUGCAUAUUCUUCUCAGCAGAGUAUCCAGUGGUGCCGCCGAUGACAUCAAGAGUGCCUGUGCGGAGGUUGAGAUGCCACGAGCCCCUGGAGUUAUAUUUUGAUACUGCAACAGGGUGAUAGGGGGCUACGAGGGAACACGUUGGGCGGAGAGAUGUUGCGAACCAGCAACGCUUCGACGCUGGCUCUCGUCUCGCCUCGGCGCUGGCCCGGCUUGUUCUUGGGACCUCGCCCCUUAUCGGUGCCGAUGCCUCGCGGCUUCAAUUUCAUGUCUUUUUUUUUGUUAACUUUACAAUGUUUCGCUCGCAGUUAAGUCAUUGGUUUUGGGUUAAAGUAGCGCGUAUCGUUGCAGUUCCAUGAUGACCCGUGACCGCUUGACUGCGACGUUGAGGAAACAAGGUGACACACCAUAUAUGCGCCGAAGCCGUUUCCCAUCAUAAUCAAACCUGCGUGCGGACCGCCACGCCUCUGGAAUCGCCGCUGGUCGCGGUCUGUAUUUGGCGACGUUCUAUCCAAAGUCGAGUAUACAACACCUAUGGGUAUCUACCGUACACUCUGGCGGAGCUCGUGCACAUUGGCCCUUAAAACUCCAUGGGGGUGGCGACUCCAGCCUCCUUGACCCUCCGCAGCUCGUCAUUCCUCUCGGCCGCCUCUUCCUUGAUCCUGUCCUCCACGUCUUGUCUGAUGGCCCCGAUGUCUGGCGGUAUGGCCUGCAUCUGGACGCUUGGGGCGGCCUGGACGAAGCGCAGCUGCUCGCUGACGUGGUUGACAAUCUCCUGGAGCCGCUUAGGCGGGUUCUUGUUCUGCCUGGGUUCGCCGAGGAUUUGCUCCAGCGUGGGAAAGAGCGUCUCUUGCCGGAACUGGUCGCGCCAAGGCGUGUGUUGGGGCAGCACGUCGCUAAUCUUGUCCUGACAGCCGAUGGCGAUGCUAGUCUCAUACGUCCAGGCGCGGGCAACGUUCCUAGGCGUGUAGCCGCCGCCGCCAAAGAGGAUGAGGGGCAGGUUCAUGCGCUUGCAGAACUCUACACACGCGCCGUGACCCUGAACUUGGAGGUUGAAGCGCCCGAGACGGUCGCCGGCCAGGGAGUCGGCGCCGCACUGAAGGGC